AUGACCGGGCAAAUAUCUUAUGGGAAUUUCUAUGUGAUCGAAACGAGAAAGAUGAAGUAUUGGAAGCAAUGGUUUCAUAUGAUUUCAGAGGAGGGUUGGACAGCUUAUGAUCGAUCGGUUCGAGAACUCUAUCCUCAUUGGAAUGGAUCACAUUUAGCUGUAGCUCUUGAUGAAAAAGAUAAUCACUUUCUCGGGUGUUUUGUUUGGUGUGAAAAUGACGGAAUCGCGGCAAUGGAUGCAUACAAUGUGAUCAAAGACGCACAGGGUCGAGGGGUUGGCGCGGCGCUCUGGGAUUAUACAAUGAAUCGCACUGUACCCAAAAAUCUCACAAAAGCGAUGCGAUCAUUGCCGGAACGAGUGGAUCGUUACAUGAAAUUGGGAUGGUCGUGCAAAGGGCCCGUUCAGUAUGAAAUUGACUGCUCAACAGUGGAACUGAAAGAAGCGUGCACUUCACUUUUGAGACCACUACGAGUCCAAGAGUUCACCGAGUUAACAUUCAUCACAUUUCACUCACUUUCCGAUCACCAGCGAAAGGCUUUGUUCGAGUUUGACACAAAGGUUACUGGAAGAAAUCGGCGCAAACUUUGGGAACAUCUCCUGAGACUUGAGGAUUUGAGGGGAGGAGUUGUGGUUGAUUCAAAAGAUCGGGUGGUCAGUCUUUGCCUAAUCGUGGAGACAUUUGACGACAAGCUCCUCAGAGUAGCCCCACUCUACGGAGAAAAUCUUGAAAUGGCGAUGAUUGGAUUGAUUAAAGCAAUAGACUCACUCAACGAUUCCACGAACUCCAAACGUUUCCACAAGAGUCUGCAACAAGUGCAAGUGAAUGAAUGCACUCUCCUUUGGGCUGAUUAUCAAAAUAAUCAUCUGAAAGAGGAGCUC